UAAUUUUAAUAUUUGAAUAUAUGUACAUUGAAUAAAAUCUGUUAUUAUAGCUUACGAAAAGUUAGUAUAGAGUGUUUACAAAAAAGUCGUGAAUACGAGCGAGCAUUAGCUGUUCAAAUUAUAAUGCUUGCUCCAUUUGCUCCACAUUUUGCCUCUGAGUUAUGGUCUAUUUUCUGUUCUGCCAAGUAUUUGAUAGAUAAUACUGAAGUUGACUUAAAUAAAAAUGUAUUUGAACAGAAAUGGCCAGAUAUUGACAUGGAUUAUAAUCUUGUAAUGAAUGUUUAUGUAAACAAAAGACAAUUUCUUAAAAUGAAGAUUCCUCGACGUGAAUUGGACAAAAUGGUAGCAGAUACGGCGUUAGAAUAUGUGAUUCUCGAUCCGUAUUAUCAAAAAUAUUCGUACAAUAAAAAUGUUGUAGAUGUCAACUUUAAAGCAGAGAAAAGCUAUGAUGCAUCAUUGUACAUAACCAUGGAAAAACAAAAAGAAGAUUAAAGAUAAACAUUAUUUUAAUUUAUACA